AUGGCACAGAGCUUACGAUUGCACUUUGCAGCCAGAAGAAGCAAUACUUACCCUUUGUCAGAAACCUCCGAAGAUGACUUGGAUAGCCAUGUUCACAUGUGCUUCAAAAGACCAACACGGAUUUCAGCGUCUAACAUUGUUCAAAUGAAGCUGACUCCCAGACAGACUGCACUAGCUCCGUUAAUAAAGGGAAACGUUCAGUCUCAAGAAAGAUCAUCCGUUCCUUCAUCUGAAAAUGUUAAUAAAAAGAGCAGCUGUCUGCAGAUUUCACUACAGCCCACAAGGUACAGUGGAUGUCUUCAGUCUAGCAAUGUCUUAGCUGAUAGUGAUGAUGCUUCAUUUACUUGUAUCUUGAAGGAUGGUGUUUACAGCAGUGUUGUGACUGAUAAUGAAUUGAAUGCUGUGAAUGAUAGUAACCUUUUAAGCAGUCCUGCCAUUUGUAGUGGUAGCCUUAGUAACUUUUCAGCCAGUGAUAAUGGGUCUUACAGCAGCAAUGGUAGUGAUUUUGGGUCAUGUACAAGUAUCACAAGUGGAGGUUCAUACACAAACAGUGUCAUCAGUGACAGUAGUAGUUACACUUUUCCACCAAGUGAUGAUACAUUUUUGGGUGGAAAUUUAUCUUCUGACAGCACCUCCAAUAGAAGUGUGCCAAACAGGAAUACUACUCCAUGUGAAAUUUUUUCAAGAAGUACGAGUACAGAUCCUUUUGUCCAGGAUGACUUGGAACAUGGAUUAGAGAUUAUGAAAUUGCCAGUGAGCAGGAACACAAAAAUUCCUCUAAAACGUUGCUCCUCCUUAGUCAUUUUUCCUAGGAGUCCUUCAAAUACCCCACCAACUUCUCCAACAAGUCCAUGUACUCUUCUGAGCAAAGGAUCCUAUCAAACUUCACACCAGUUUAUUAUUUCUUCUAAUGAAAUUGCACAUAAUGAGGAUGGCACUGGUGCUAAAGGAUUUCUUUCAACAGCUGUCAAUGGACUUCGGUUAUCUAAAACAGUUUAUACCCCCGGAGAAGGAAGAGACAUACGGCCGCUUCACAGAAAGGGCUUAUUACAAAAGAAAAUUGUUAUUUCGAAUAAUACUCCCAAACAGACUGCCUGUGAAAAGUCAUCUGAAGGAUAUUCUUGUGUUUCAGUGCAUUUCACCCAACAAAAAGCAACUACAUUAGAUUGUGGAACAACAAAUGGCGAUUGUAAACCAGAAAUGUCAGAAAUUAAGCUGAAUUCUGAUUCCGAGUAUAUUAAGCUCAUGCAUAAGACAUCUGCAUGUUUGCCAUCCUCCCAAAACAUUGAUUAUGAAAUAAAUAUCAGUGGAGAAUUGGAAAGACCAGAUUCACAGAUGAACAAAAGUCAUGGUAUUUUACAAAGAAGUAUUUCAUUGGGAGGAGCUUAUCCAAAUAUUUCCUGCCUAUCCAGCCUUAAGCACAAUUGUUCUAAAGGGGGACCAUCUCAGUUACUCAUAAAGUUUGCAUCUGGAAAUGAAGGUAAAGUUGAUAAUUUAUCAAGAGACAGCAACAGAGAUUGCACAAAUGAACUGUCUAAUUCUUGUAAGACAAGAGAUGAUUUCCUAGGUCAAGUGGAUGUUCCACUUUAUCCAUUACCGACAGAAAAUCCAAGAAUGGAGAGACCAUAUACAUUUAAGGAUUUUGUUCUUCACCCAAGAAGUCACAAAUCAAGAGUUAAAGGUUAUCUGAGACUAAAAAUGACUUAUUUACCUAAAACCAAUGGCUCAGAAGACGAUAAUGCAGAACAGGCUGAGGAAUUAGAGCCUGGCUGGGUUGUUUUGGACCAACCAGAUGCUGCUUGCCAUUUGCAGCAACAACGAGAACCUUCUCCUCUACCUCCAGGGUGGGAAGAGAGGCAGGAUAUCCUUGGAAGGACCUACUAUGUAAACCAUGAAUCUAGAAGAACGCAGUGGAAAAGACCAACCCCUCAGGACAACCUAACAGAUGCUGAGAAUGGCAACAUUCAGCUGCAGGCACAGCGUGCAUUUACCACCAGGCGGCAAAUAUCCGAGGAAACAGAAAGUGUUGACAACCGAGAGUCUUCCGAGAACUGGGAAAUUAUAAGAGAAGAUGAAGCCACCAUGUAUAGCAGCCAGGCCUUCCCAUCACCUCCACCAUCAAGUAACUUGGAUGUUCCAGCUCACCUUGCAGAAGAAUUAAAUGCCAGACUCACCAUCUUUGGAAAUUCAGCCACAAGCCAGCCAGUAUCCAGCUCAAAUCAUUCCAGCAGAAGAGGCAGCUUACAAGCCUAUACUUUUGAGGAACAACCUACACUUCCUGUGCUUUUGCCUACUUCAUCUGGAUUACCACCAGGUUGGGAAGAAAAACAAGAUGAAAGAGGAAGAUCAUAUUAUGUAGAUCACAAUUCCAGAACAACUACUUGGACAAAGCCCACUGUACAGGCCACAGUGGAGACCAAUCAGCUGACAUCAAGCCAGAGUUCUGCAGGCCCUCAGUCACAAGCUUCCACAAGUGAUUCAGGCCAGCAGGUGACCCAGCCAUCUGAAACUGAGCAAGGAUUCCUUCCUAAAGGCUGGGAAGUCCGGCAUGCACCAAAUGGGAGGCCUUUCUUUAUUGACCACAACACUAAAACCACCACCUGGGAAGAUCCCAGAUUGAAAAUUACAGCCCAUCUGAGAGGAAAGACAUCACUUGAUACUUCCAGUGAUCUAGGGCCUUUGCCUCCAGGAUGGGAAGAGAGAACUCACACAGAUGGAAGAAUCUUCUACAUAAAUCACAAUAUAAAAAGAACACAAUGGGAAGAUCCUCGGUUGCAGAAUGUAGCCAUAACUGGACCAGCAGUGCCGUACUCCAGGGAUUAUAAAAGAAAGUAUGAGUUCUUCCGAAGAAAGUUGAAGAAGCAGAAUGACAUUCCAAACAAAUUUGAAAUGAAACUUCGCCGAGCAACUGUUCUCGAGGACUCUUACCGGAGAAUUAUGGGUGUCAAGAGAGCAGACUUCCUCAAGGCUCGACUGUGGAUUGAGUUUGAUGGUGAAAAGGGAUUGGAUUAUGGAGGAGUUGCCAGAGAAUGGUUCUUCCUGAUCUCAAAGGAAAUGUUUAACCCUUACUAUGGGUUGUUUGAGUAUUCUGCUACGGACAAUUAUACCCUGCAGAUAAAUCCAAACUCUGGGUUGUGUAAUGAAGAUCACCUCUCUUACUUCAAGUUUAUUGGUCGGGUAGCUGGAAUGGCAGUUUAUCAUGGCAAACUGUUGGAUGGUUUUUUCAUCCGCCCAUUUUACAAGAUGAUGCUUCACAAACCAAUAACCCUUCAUGAUAUGGAAUCUGUGGAUAGUGAAUAUUACAAUUCUCUAAGAUGGAUUCUUGAAAAUGACCCAACAGAAUUGGACCUCAGGUUUAUCAUAGAUGAAGAACUUUUUGGACAGACACACCAACAUGAGUUGAAAAAUGGUGGAUCAGAAAUAGUUGUCACCAAUAAGAACAAAAAGGAAUAUAUUUAUCUUGUAAUACAGUGGCGAUUUGUAAACCGAAUCCAGAAGCAAAUGGCUGCUUUUAAAGAGGGAUUCUUUGAACUAAUACCACAGGAUCUCAUCAAAAUUUUUGAUGAAAAUGAACUAGAGCUUCUGAUGUGUGGACUGGGAGAUGUGGAUGUGAAUGACUGGAGAGAACAUACCAAGUAUAAAAAUGGCUACAGUGCAAAUCAUCAGGUUAUACAAUGGUUUUGGAAGGCUGUUUUAAUGAUGGAUUCAGAAAAAAGAAUAAGAUUACUUCAGUUCGUCACUGGCACAUCUCGGGUGCCUAUGAAUGGAUUUGCUGAACUAUAUGGUUCAAACGGACCACAGUUGUUUACAGUUGAACAGUGGGGUACUCCUGAAAAGCUGCCAAGAGCUCAUACCUGCUUUAAUCGCCUGGACUUGCCACCUUAUGAAUCAUUUGAAGAAUUAUGGGAUAAACUUCAGAUGGCAAUUGAAAACACUCAGGGUUUUGAUGGAGUUGAUUAGAUUACAAAUAACAGUCUAUGGUGUUUUUACUGCCAUAGUUUUAUAAGCCAAAUCGUGACUUAAAAGUUUCCAGGGAACUACUAAAACCUGGCCACUGAUUCUUCCCAGUUCUUGAAGAAAAUCAUAUAAAAAGCAUUUGAAGAAAUAGUAUGACAACUUUAUUUUAAUCACUUUUAAAUAAUGUGUCGCAUUUACACAGUUGUUUCAUUUUGUCUUUAGAGUUCACACAAUAGGAUAUAAGUCCUAUAUGACUUAAAUGGUGAAUUUUGUCCGUAACAUUUACCUCUUGUAUAGUAUCUGCCAGGCAGUUUUUUCUUAAACUACUGAGAUUAUAACUGUGAAAUAUUUGUGAUAAGUGUCAUGUGUGAAAAUGUUGAUGCAUUUUGAGAUGGAAAACUGAAAUUUGGAAAAAAAAAAUACUAUUGCAUAAACUACAAUAUAUUUAGUGCUACUUGCAGCUGUUUAUUAUUUUAUAGACCUGCCUUAUGCACCUUACUGCCUAGAUUUUGGAAAAACCUUGGAAAGUGUGUUAUCUAUUUUUCUAGUCAACUAACUCACAGAAAAACAGUUUACUUCUUCACUUUCAAAGUAUUUGGCUUUUUGUGAAUAUGCAGUUUUUACUAAACAGGUGAUUCAUAAGACAUGUGAAGCAAGUCAUUUUUGCAAUGGGCAAAAAGUAUUAAGGCCUUUCUCUUGCCUGCAUAUCCUUAUGAUCACUGGUGUAGUCAUCAUUUUUUCAUAUUUUAGUGUAGUUAGAAGAAUUCCUUCUUCAAACAUUAAAGAUCCAUAAAGCAGUAUUUCUAAAUAUACCUUGAAGAACUAAAUGAAAUGUAUAUCACUUGCCUUUACUAGUCAUUCUUUACACUUGUACAAUUAUGUAGUAAAUGUAUGUUUACAGGGUUUAUUAUGUUUACAGAUUAAGCUAAUUUCUGUAGUCGCAUUUUUAUAUUUUUAGUAUCACUCUAGUAAAAAAAAAAACCACAUGAUUUGUUUAAAAUAACCAAAGAGUUGAUAUAAUGCAUAAUUUGUAUUAAAUUUAUUACUAUAUUUCUUAUGCCUUUUGAAAAUACUGUUUACUAUGAUGACAAUGUUUUAUUACUAAUCCAAAACUCUGUAGGCAAAAUGCUAUAGGUUGAAUCCUCCUUUAACCAAACUGAAAUACAUAAAGACCAUGUGCAUGCAUUCAUCAAACGUUUACUGAAUGCUAUAUGCAUAGUGCUGUGCAAUGCCCUGGGGUAAUAUUUGUCAGCUUCAGAGAUAUUUGGCUGAGUCCUGAUCCUCAAGGAACUUACGGAUGUGUCAGUGAAUCUGUAAAACAAUCAAAAGUAGGGGUGAGCAGAAGAAGGUAAAAGGGAAAGUGUUCUAGGUUCCAGCGCACCUGCAAAGAUAAGUGUGCCAAGACUGUAUUUAUAUUUCGUACUUAUAUUGUUUUAUCCUUAUAUUGGCAUGAUCAUAUAGAAAAUGAGUCUUAAAAAGAUGAAGCCUAUUUCUCAGUAUGGUAUCUCAGUGAUUUAGGAAUAAUUGUAAA